AUGAGCAGCUCCGUGGACCCGCGCGUGCUGAUCAACUACUACAUCCGCAAGGGCUGGUACGACCACGUGCAGCGUCUGUGCGAGCAGAUCCUCGAGAAGAAGGGCAGCGACUCGACCAUCUUGUUCUGGCGCGCGUUCGGCAUCGUGCUGGAGCGCAGCUACUCGUCCGCCAUUCGAGAGCUCGAGAACCUCAAGAGAACGGGCCGCGACGUGGAGCUGCCGUGUCUCCACGCGCUGGUGUACGCGCACUCGCAGUGCAAACACGUGGACCACGACGAGGUGGCGCAGCUGGAGCUUCAGCUCGUCAUGGCCGAGGAGAACGCGUCCAGUAUGAGCCUCAUGCUCUGCGCCACCUUCUUCUGGCACCUCGGGGAGCACGCCAAGGCCCGCAAGAUCCUCGACCAACUGCUAAGCAGCAGCGGCAAGAGCAGCUCGGACGGAGCUCUCCGUCAACGAGCUCUCAUCCUGCGCGGCUGGGUAGACCUCACAGUCGACCCCAAGGUCAAACGCGACGCCGACUUGCGGGACAACGCGAUCCAGUUUUUCGACCAAGUGACUGAGCGGAAGGAUGCUGAGCUGGUGCUUGGGAUGGCCAAGUACUACGACAUGAAGAAGGCGUAUCCGAGGGCCUUGGAGUCCUUCGACGAGAUCACUGUGCAGUUCCCUUGGUUCAAGCACUCGCUGAGCGAGAAGGCCUUGGUGCUGUUGAAAAUGGGCAAUUGGGACCAGUGUAUGGACAGCGUGGAGCGAGCGUUGAGUGAAAACUCUCGGGAGAUCGAGGCAAUGCGCAUCAUGAUCCUGCUGCUCUUGUCUCGAGAGGGCCACGCCCGCGAAGCUGCUGAGCGCAUUCGUGACUUGCUUGAGGCGCUUAAAAGGGUCGAGCCGGCCAACCCGGAGCUCUUUUGCGCCAUAUCGCGUUGCACUGCUCGCGUGUCGGAUCGAGACUCGGAGGUGCUGCAGUGCAGCUUGGGGCUCAUUGAGCACGCGAUCCAGCUCAACCCGGACAGUGGCGCGUUCCGUGCCGAGCGCGGGUAUCAGCGUGGACUACUUGGAGACUACGCGGAAGCCAUGGAGUCGUACAAGGAAGCGCUAAAGCUGGACGAGUCCAACGAGAUGGCGCUGCACGGCAUGAUUUACUGCCAGAUCAAGCUCGGACAGCUCGAAGACGCCUCGCAGCAGAUGGAGUUCCUCAGUGUGAUCCAGGAAUCCAUCGGUGCUAGUGCCAGCUUCGCCUUCCUGCAGGCGCUUCUCUGCUGGGAGAAAGAUCGUGAUCGUCCCAAGCAAGUGAAGCUGCUGCAGCAAGCCAUGCAGAUUCACAUGGACAAGCUCAAAGAAGCCAUCCAGGGCCCCGACGUGUCGACGCACGACACGAUGAGCCUUCUCAAUCCGAUUUUCCUCGUCGAAGUGGCAACUGAGUUUCUCCAAGGCGACACCCCGCAGCCAGGCAGCCCCAAUGACAGCUUAUCCGAUGCUGUUCUCAAGGGAAUGAGCAUCCUGGAGAAGCUUGUCAACAAGUCUCCGGGCUUCUUACGCGCCCAGUUUGUGCUAGCCCAAGCGUAUUUCGACUCGCAGCGACUGGAUGACGCCUAUCAGGUCUCCAACUUGAUCUUGAAGAUGGACCCUGGACACUCCAAGGCCCACUUGAUGCAGGCGCGCGUAAGUCUGGAGCGUGAACACUUCCGAGCCGCCUCGUCGUGCCUCGACCAAGCUCUCAGCUACGAUUUCUCCGUUCGGCAGUCGCUCUCGUACUACAUCAUCAAGGCGCGUAUCCUCGAGAAUGCCGGCGAUGUCCGCGAGGCACUUCAGACGCUGCAAACCGCGAUGAAAAUGAUCCAGAGCGCUGGUGGCUCGUCGACCUCUGGAAGCAGCAACCGCAGACAGAAGCAAGCAGCUGAGAACAACAGCAGCAGCGUGUCACUCUUCGACAAGGCGUCCGUGUACAUUCACCUGGCGCAAGUGCUCUCGCAGCUGAACGACAUCUCCGAGGCCACUAAGACGGUGCGCGAGGCGCUUGAUGUCUUCCGAGGCACAUCGCAAGAAGUGCGUGUUCUGGUGGCUAACAGCGAGCUUGCCAUCAAACGCGGGGAUUACGACGCAGCCAUCGCCAUGCUGAGCAGCGUCCCCGUCAGCUCUCCUGCCUUCACGAAAGCCCAAAUGGUCAAGGCGGACAUCUACCUCCAGUAUCGCAAGGACAAGCACCUGUACGCACGCUGCUAUCAAGAGCUAGUGGCGCUAAAUCCUUGUCAUGCCACGCACGUGAGCUUGGCCGAAGCAUACCUGCGCAUUCAAAUGCUGGAUCAGGCGGUCGAAUCGUUCGAGCGUGCCAAAGCGCUCAGUCCGGGUGAUCCGACGAUCGCUGGCCGUAUUGGACGCGUCCUGAUCUCGAAGCACGACUACCUCAAGGCUGUGGACUACUACGAGACAGCGCUGAAGCUCGCACCGGGUAACCUGGUCCUGCGCAAAGACCUCGCCGAGCUGUACGCCAAGCUGCGCCACUACGACCAAGCCCUGAGAGUCGUCCAACAAGCACCGUCCAACGACUCCGAAGCCCUGAGUCAUCUUCUGCAGGUAGUAGACCUCCAACUCGUGCUGCCAACCAUUCAUCGCGGACUUGGUAGUGAUGAAAUGGCAGUCCAGGCGUUGCUGAAGGCGUACGCCAUCCAAAAAGUGGUCUUGGAUCGACAGAAGGACGAGCAGCCCGACGUUCUCAGCAAACAGCGCGCCGCUAUCGCGAACACUUGCUACCAGAUCGCAGCCAUCUACGCCUCGUCGUCGGGUAACACGGAGCGCGAGAACGUCGUGAAAUACUGCACGCUGGCGCUGCGGUCGGAUGAGACGCACGAGCCUUCGCUGCUCUUCCUCGCUCGCUCGUACCAGCAAAUCGGCGAUCUUGACCAGUGCCAAGUGCGCUGUUCAACGCUCUUGAGACUCAAUCCUGCCCACGAAGAAGCUGCGCUCAUGCUGGCCGACAUUCUCCUGCAGAAGGAAGACAACGAAUCGGCCAUUUACCACUUCCAGCAGCUUCUCGACAGCCGCCCGGACAACUUCGCUGCACUCAGCCGCUUCCUAGUCAUGCUGCGACGCGCUGGAAAGCUCCACACCUCGUCGACCGACAAGGAACAAGGCAGCUUGGCUCAACGGUACUUGCGCUUGGCCGAACGCAGCACGAACGUGCGCGUGGCACAUGCCCCCGGACUUCACUUCUGCAAGGGGUUGUACGCGCGCUUCCGCAACAACGUCGUGGAAGCCAUUGACGAAUUCAAUCUCGCCCGUCGUGAUCCAGAGUGGGGCGAGCGAGCUCUCAUCAACAUGAUUGAGAUCUAUCUCAACCCCGACAACGAGAACCUUUGGGAUGCCGGCAACGACGGGAACGAAGGCAACACGAAGGAGCAGACCGAAAAUCUCCGCAUUGCCAACACGCUGCUGGAUGAGUUGCCCGUGGCCCGGAACGAGCGCGACGCCAAGCUCCGUGUGCUUGAAGCUUACGCCGUGCUUGCAGUCCGUACGAAGAGCAUGCUGGACAAAGCCAUCCAGCUCUUCAUGGAAAUCCUCGAGACGGUCGACCGCGACUACGUACCUGCGUUGCUUGGACUCGCCACGGGCUACAUGCUGACCAAACAGCAGCCCAAGGCUCGCAAUCAGCUCAAACGCAUCGCCAAAAUGAACUACGACCAAACCCUCGCGGAUGAGUACGAGCGCAGCUACCUUCUGCUGGCAGACAUCUACAUCAACCGAGGCAAGUUCGACCUUGCCCAGGAGCUGUGCAAGCGGGCACUGACCCACAACAAGUCGUCUGGGAAAGCCUGGGAGCUGCUUGGACUGGUGAUGGAGAAGGAGCAAUCGUAUAUCGAUGCUGCCGAGUGCUAUCAGGAAGCCUGGACUUGCGAGGGCGAGGCCAGCGCAGCAAUCGGGUUCAAACUUGCAUUCAACUACCUCAAAGCGAAGAAACUCGUGCUGGCUGUCGACGUCUGCAAUAAAGUGCUGGACCAGUACCCAGACUACCCGAAGAUCCGCAAGGAGAUUCUUGAAAAGGCUUACGCUGGGUUCCGACCCUAA